AUGGACGAGCAGUUUCCACCGGCCGACUACCACACUCCACGAUGGCCGUCUCUCUUCUGGCCGCCCCUUGAGGACCGCUAUGUCCUCUACCAUCUCGGCGACAUGUGGCGCUUCACGUUGAUAUGGACCUUCGUGAUGUACGCCUGCUUCCACUGGGCUGCUAUCGGUAUCGCACUCAUCGUGCAGAUUGGCAAGAAAAAGACAAAUUGGAAGUAUCUGUGGACGGUACCGAUCAUUUACUCGGCCAUUGCAGCCGUUGAGGCGUUGGUUGCGGGAAGCGUCACUGGUGCGAUGGUCGGUGCCAUUUACAGAGCCGCUGGGUGGUAUAUGACGACGUGGAUACCAUUUAUCUGGGGCUGGGCCAACGUUUUCGUGUUGGUCGUAUCUUCUUUCUCCUACUCCGGAGGUCUAUGA